UUGGCUGGGCCUAAACUCUCCGCCGUCAGGGACCGGUUUCUGGGCGAAGCUGCCAUGCCUUCCGGGGGCCGCGGGCGGUCCCGGCUGCGGCUCGGGGAACGUGGCCUCUUGGAGCCACCCUCACCGCCCAAGCGCCGCCUGCUCCCUCGGGCGCAUUUCUUGCCCCUGCUUCUGCUGUCCCUGGCCGUGGCCUCGGCGUUCUACACCAUCUGGAGCGGCUGGCUCCGCCAGACUGAGGAGCUGCCGCGGGGCCGGGAGCUGCGGGGCCGGCUGAUCGGAAGCCUCCCCGAAGCUCGGCUGCGGAGGGUAGUGGGGCAACUGGACCCAGACCGUCUCUGGAACACUUAUCUGCGCCCCCUGCUGGUUGUGCGGACCCCGGGCAGCCCAGGCAAUCUCCAAGUCAGAAAGUUCCUGGAGGCUACUCUGCGGACCCUGACCGCAGGCUGGCAUGUGGAACUGGACCCCUUCACAGCCUCGACACCCCUGGGGCCGCUGGACUUUGGCAACGUGGUGGCCACACUGGACCCGGGGGCUGCCCGUCACCUCACCCUUGCCUGCCAUUACGACUCCAAGCUCUUCCCAUCUGGGUCGACUCCCUUUGUGGGGGCCACGGAUUCGGCUGUGCCUUGCGCCCUGCUGCUGGAGCUGGCCCAGGCCCUCGACAGGGAGCUGAGUAGAGCCAAGGAGCAGGAGGCCCCGGUGACUCUGCAGCUGCUCUUCUUGGACGGUGAAGAGGCCCUGAAGGAGUGGGGGCCCCAGGACUCCCUCUAUGGCUCCCGGCACCUGGCCCAGCUCAUGGAGUCUGCCCCCCACAGCCCAGGCCCCACCAGGAUCCAGGCUAUCGAGCUCUUCAUGCUUCUCGAUCUCCUGGGCGCCCCUAAUCCGAACUUCUACAGUCAUUUCCCUCACACAGCUCGCUGGUUCCAUCGCCUGCGGAGCAUUGAGAAGCGACUGCACCGCCUAAACCUGCUACAGUCUCAUCCCCAGGAAGUGAUGUAUUUCCAGCCGGGGGAGCCCCCUGGCUCCGUAGAAGAUGACCACAUCCCCUUCCUCCGUCGAGGGGUCCCAGUGCUCCACCUCAUCUCCAUGCCCUUCCCCGACGUGUGGCACACACCCCAUGACUCUGAGGCCAACCUGCACCCCCCCACAGUGCACAACCUCAGCCGCAUCCUCGCCGUGUUCCUGGCUGAGUAUCUGGGGCUCUAGCCUCCGUGGCUGACGCUGGAGGAGAGGAGCCCAGCCAGGACGUGCCAAGGACACGUGGAACCAAUGGACCUCAGGCCAGGCUGCCCCGCAGUAUGCUGGCUUAUCCUUUUCUUUGGCAUGGGUUCUACUUGUGCUAUGAUUUGAAGACCCUCUUUCCUCUGUCUCAAGCCACCAUUCUUUAAAGACAUGGAGGAGUCAAGACCACUGUGGGGGUGGCAGCCAAAGGAAUAAGGGCUUAGACCCCAUCCUGGAAGAAGCAGUCGGUCAGAAGGUUAGCAGGGGCCAAAGGCUCUUCUCAUUUUCAUGGUCGGCAUACCUUGGGCUGGCAUCUGGACCGGUCACAGCACCCCGCCAAAUGAAUUCUCUGCGGCUUGUGUUUUUAUGUCCAUGGACUGCCGUGUGGGGGUCCACAGGGGAUGUGCUUGGACGCAGGAACAGAGGAGGUGGAAGCCAAUAUUUGGGAACUCGAGUCGGCCAGACCCAAGGGCAACAGACCAGUGUUUCUGUGAAACAUAUUCUACAGAAUUAGCAUUACAAGGUGUUGCAUGAAAAAGGGGAUCGAAGACACAGGAUGAGACAUUAAAUGAGUUUCUUCAUUGCACAAUGUGAAUUUUCAAGAUUAA